ACGACCCUCAGGCUGCUACCGGAGGGUCCCCGCGGGCCCCCAGCGGCUCCCUCGCCGCCCGGCACCUCAGAGCUCGAAAGUGGGGAAGACGGGAAGCGGCGUCCGGCAGCGCCCUCCCGCCAGCGGGGCGGGGGCCGGCUGCGAGGGAAGGCGGGAGCGGCGGAAGGUGUCCGGAGGCCGGGAACGGGGCUCGGGGCGGUGUUCCAAGAAGCAUUCUGGGCUCCUCUGUGGUUAUGGUACCUCAGCCUUGAAGGGAUCCUUUUCAUUUAGAAUCCGUGUCUUCUCUUAAGUAAUUGAUCACCGUGCACCCGGGGACACCCAAUUCACAGCCGAGUGGGAUCAGCCUUCAUGAAUAAUCAAAAUGGUGUGGCCGUGCUGCUGCAGGAGUGCAAGCAAGCUCUGGACAAGCUCCUGUCAGCACAGGCUGACACGGGUGAGGAAGAUGAGAGAGAAUACCAGCGGUGCCAAGCUUUGCUUCCCGAGGACUUGAGGACCCUUCUGGAGGAGGCAAAGGAAAUGAAGUGGCCCUUUGUGCCGGAGAAGUGGCAAUACAAACAAGACCUUGGCCCAGAGGACAAAACAAACCUGCAAGAUCUGAUAGGUGCGAGGAUCCCGGAUAUGCUGGUUUAUCUGAAAGCCUCCAUCAUGGUCAAGGACUGCAUGACAGCCACGGCCAUUGUGUUCCUGGUUGACCGGUUCCUGUACUGGAUUGAUGCCUCCAGCCAACUUCUUCAAAUUGCCAAGGGUCUGCACAGGCUGCAGCCCACCACACCAAUCAGUCCUCAGGUGCUCAUCCGCCAGGCUCGCAUCUCCAUCAACACAGGUAAACUUUUAAAAGCUGAAUAUAUCCUCAGCAGCCUUAUUAAUGACAACGGAGCAACAGGUACCUGGCAGUAUGCUAAGGAAAGCGAUAGAAUUCUCGUGCAGUCAGUCUGCUUACAAAUCAGAGGGCAGAUUCUGCAAAAGCUUGGGAUGUGGUAUGAGGCAGCAGAGUUGAUUUGGGCUUCAGUUGUGGGAUAUUUCAAACUUCCUCAACCAGAUAAAAAGGGAAUUGCUACUUCCUUGGGUAUUAUUGCAGACAUCUUUUCUUCCAUGAAUGAGAAGGAUUAUGUACGUUUUAAAACUAAAGCCGACAUGGACCUGAGCCUUCUCCAGAAGUUUGGUCAUCGCUUACUAUCAGCUGCUGAGGCCUGCAAACUAGCAGCAGCCUACAGCCAGUACACCCCUCUGUUUGUCCUCACUGCCGUGAACAUCCGUGGGGUGUGUUUGCUGUCCUAUAGUCACUCCAAGGACUGUCCCCCAGAAAAGAGAAAGUUCUACUUGUCUGAAGCCAAAGAAUCCUUCGAGAUUGGCCUCCUCACCAAGAAUGACAAGAGUCCUGUCACCAGCAAGCAGGAGCUCCAUAGUUUUAUUAAAGCUGCUUUCUGCCUCACAACUGUGCAUCGAUGGCUCUAUGGGGAGAGUGAGAAACUCCAUGAGGUGAGUCAGCUGUGCAGAGAAGCCAUGGGAAAACUGCAUUCAUACAGCACUUCAUUUACAGAAGAGGAAGAAAAAGAGAUUCUUGCCAAAGAGAUCAUGUCUCUGAUCACAUCUGUGAAGAAGCACCUGCAAGUGGAAAGCUUCCCUAAUUCUGAUGCUAGGUCUUAUGUUCCAGACAGUUACAAAGGCACAGCGGAAAAACCUAUCCUGCAAGGGGAAGCCAGCUUCAAGAAAAUCCUCGCCACGCAUUCUCAACAUCAUCUGUCAGUGUGUCAAGUGUUCAAAAAUACUUGCAGGAUUCAUAAAACCACCCCAGGAGAAACCCAAGCAGGAGCUUGUAUCACAGCCUUAAGAACUGAAACCAAAACCAUUGACACCAUGUAUACUACUGAAGAAAUAGUGUACCAGAGGAAAGGCACUGCAAAAAUGCUGAAUUCACCAACAGCAGGAAGUAGCUCAGAGAGACUCAGUGGCCAGAAAAAUAAACACAUUGGUUCUGAUGUGAUGAACAUUUCCUUUGAUAAAGAGACUGAGCCAUUAGAAAUAGAAAUAAAUGGUGAAAACGGUGUUUUCAGCAGACAGCAAAACAGGAGUCAGACCGCUACUUCAGAGAGCUCUUGGUGCAAGCUGUCAAAAUCAAGUUACUCUUCCGGCUGGGAGGAACUAAACUGUAAUGGAAGCAAAGAGUCUCCCAGGGAAGGGCAGCAGCAGGAAAAGGGCUCAGUGGAGGAGCAGUGCUGCACAACAGAAUCUGAUGAAAAUGGGCAUGCUGCAUGCUUGCAUUUGAUGCCUCCCAGAGCCUGGCAUUCUUCUCCUCAAGAGGGUCUACAUAGCCAUGGAGGAUGUCCUCAGCCUUCCCCGGAGGUCGAUACACCUCUAGCUGGGAGGCUGGUAGAGAAGGUGUCUCUUUGCGGAGCAGAGCUGUGGGAUGGAAGACACCGUGGAAAGAGUUCUUCAGAAGAGAAAGGAGGGGAGGUGAACAACUUGGUUCCUUCCCUUUCCACCUCUAACUCUGCUCCUACCAAGCGGCAGGAGGAGGAGGAGAAGUCUUUCUCCAGGGUGGAGAUCGGCUGCAAGACCAAGGACAGCAGCAACCCCAUGUCCCAGCCCGGGAGACAUUUUGUGAGGGUCCAUCCAGGAGGAGAAGCUGCAGAUAGCACAGAGGAUCCCUCAUUUGAGGCACAUCCCCCCACAAACGAGGGUGCUUCUGUGCUAUCAACAAGCAUCGAGACGAGAAGGGCCAGCGACUCCUCUGUGCGUGACUGGCUGAGGAAAUCUGCGCUGGUGGGAAAUGGACCUCUCCAAGUGCCUGAAGUUGACACCCAAGCAGAAACAAUGGAUGACACUGAAUUUGAUUUCAUCAGUAUUGGAGAUUUAGCGAACAAUUAUCCUACGGCAUCUGUUCCAAAGCAUCAGCCAACUCCCUGUGCGCUGACAGCUUUGCCCUCGAGGGGAAAGAUAUCCAUAAUGGAGCACUUUGAGUGUGCCACUACUGAAGAGGAUGAAGAAAAGUCUCAGGACAUGGUGAGCAGCAAAAGGCAAUCCAGUUCAUCCCUGAGUUCAUGGUACAAGCCAGCACAGAUGUCCAAGAGUUCCCCUAGAGGUCCACUUCUGAACACAAGAGCAAGUGGCUUUGUCUUCAUGCCUGGGAGAAUUAAAGAAGAAAUCCUUGAUACUCGAUUUCUGACGGAUGAUGAUUACAUGCAGCUUCUGGCAGGAGUAGAACGUAACUGGCUUGUCCAGAGACUCAUGCCUACUGGAAUUUUUAAGUCUAAACAGCUUCAUAAAGCAUACACUGCUCUUCUUUUAAAAUACUCCAAGAAAUCAGGCCUCUGGACAGGCCAAGAAACAGCUGUAUUCAUUGGGGACUACCUGAAGGUGGCAAAGGAAGGCAAACAGAGAAGUGCAUUUUGGAUACACUUCCUGCACCAGGAAGAAAGCCUGGGAAGGUAUGUUGGGAAAGAAUAUAAGGAAGAAAAAGGACUUUUUCAUCAUUUCAGUGAUGUGGAACGGCAAAUGACUGCCCAGUACUAUGUGACAGAAUUCAACAAAAGGCUGUAUGAGCAAAAAGUCCCUACCCAACUCUUUUACAUCCCAUCUGCAGUACUCUUGAUACUGGAAGACAGAACUAUAAAAGGAUGUGUGAGCGUGGAGCCCUAUAUCCUUGGGGAGUUUGUGAAGCUGUCCAACAACACAAAGGUAGUAAAGAAUGAGUACAAAGCCACAGAGUACGGUCUGGCCUAUGGUCAUUUCACUUAUGAGUUCUCCAAUGGAACAGACAUUGUUGUGGAUCUGCAAGGUUGGGUUACAGGUAACGGGAAAGGCCUCAUCUACCUCACAGAUCCCCAGAUCCAUUCUCUUAAUAGCAAAGAUGUUUCAUGCUCCAACUUUGGGAAGAAAGGGAUUUAUUACUUCUUUAAUAAUCAACAUGUGGAGUGCAAUGAGAUCUGUCGCUGCCUUUCUUUAACAAGACCCUCUGUAGAGCUGCCAAUGUAGACUCGCACAAGACAGUCACACAAAGGAUAACCCCUAAGCUGGGCAGUAUUUUAUUCUACAUGGCUUUGGGAGCAUGUUGUCUUUGAGAACGGAGUCACUGAGACAUUACUUGCAUGAGUUUGGCAAGUUCUGGUCUUUGCAUCCAGGCUAGUAACAUCAUGUUACCAUCCUGCGCACCAUCUGAACCUCAUGUUGUUGUAGCCUGUAAGAAUUAACAGAAGAACAUAUGAAGAGGAAGAAAACAGCUUUCCAAAUUCAGCUAGAGGUGUACUACAAGACUGUAUAAGCUUCUGAUCCACUCAGACCUAGUAAGGGCAACAGGCACCAUCUGCUCUUUGGAAAUGGAAUAUGAAACAGAGAGAGACAGAAGCACUAAGCUGUAUUUCAACCUUCUGUAAAGGUUGUAUAAAUGCUUUGGGGAACAAAUGGUGAUGUUUUGGUUUGCUUAAAAAAAUAAAGUUUCUUUCAGAGGUG